UUUGAGAGUUCAUUAAUCGCGAAAUAUCUCUCAUUGUAAUAAAUAAAUAUUUUUAAAGCACAGACGAGGCAAGCCGUUUUCGUUUGACAACAGGCUACCAGGGGUUCUAGUUUGAGCAUCCUGUAAUAGGAUUUUUCGAAUAACCUUAAAGGCAACUUUUCCGUAGACGACUGCACUCAUUGCGCCCAAUUACAAGAGGAAAUGUUACAUGAUCUACUUCGCUAGGUGUGCGGAUUGAGUGUGUGUGUAUAUGUGUGUGUGAGAGACAGAGAGAUUGCGGUGCCUGACUCCUGUCCAUCAUUCACUUUUUUGUCAUCACGGCCGAGAGGUAGGAAUCCAGAUGAAAGCGGCGUUAUGAAUCUGAGAUGCAUGUCCAAACAGCAGUUUCCACAAGAUGCAAGUGUGUUUUUUGAGAAAGACUUCGAGACUAGUUAAUUUUAUCAACACAUUUUGGUCGAUCAACUCAUCAAUAUCCCAAUCUCGCCUUGCUCUAUUCCUGUUUUGCGUAUUCGCACAGAAGACCUUUGUCAAUGCGUCGGUCAAUUUCUGUAUCCUUAUACGGCGAGAAUAUAUUUUCGAGGAUCACACAUUGACCUUCUUUAAGGGAAUCUUUUAUUGUUUAGAGAUGACAGGUUAUUUUAAGGCAAAUCGGAACCUAAAGUGAGUCGCCAUGGCGGCAGGAGUGGCUGCAUGGCUUCCUUUCGCCCGGGCUGCAGCUAUUGGCUGGAUGCCCGUGGCCAACUGCCCCAUGCCCAUCGCUCCUACAGACCACAGAAAAAGACAUGACGAGCUGAUCAUCCUGAACGUGAGUGGACGACGCUUCCAGACCUGGAGGACCACACUGGACCGCUACCCAGACACCCUGUUGGGAAGCUCGGAGAAACAGUUUUUUUACGACGAGGAGACCAAGGAGUAUUUCUUCGACCGGGACCCGGACUCCUUCCGUAGCAUUCUCAACUUCUACCGGACCGGCAAGUUGCAUUAUCCACGCUAUGAGUGCAUCUCGGCCUACGACGAGGAGCUUACCUUUUUCGGCAUCAUCCCGGAGAUCAUCGGCGACUGCUGUUAUGAAGAGUACAAGGACCGGAAGCGAGAGAAUGCGGAGCGUCUCCAGGAUGACCAGGACGACAACAAGGACUGCAAACUGCCCAACAUGACCUACAGAGAGAUAAUGUGGCGGGCCUUCGAGAACCCUCACACGUCCACCAUGGCCCUGGUCUUCUACUACGUCACCGGCUUCUUCAUCGCCAUCUCUGUCCUCACUAAUGUGAUCGAGACGGUGCCGUGCGGCGCCACGCCUUCCCAGAAGGACGUGCCGUGCGGCGAGCGCUACACCAUUGCUUUCUUCUGCAUGGACACGGCCUGCGUCCUCAUCUUCACCGUGGAGUACCUCAUGAGGUUGUUUGCUGCGCCAAGCCGCUACCAGUUCAUGCGCAGCGUGAUGAGCAUCAUCGACGUGGUGGCCAUCUUUCCCUACUACAUCGGCCUGGUGAUGACGGACAACGAGGACGUCAGCGGGGCCUUCGUUACGCUCCGGGUGUUCCGUGUUUUCCGCAUUUUCAAGUUCUCCCGCCACUCCCAAGGCCUCAGGAUCCUGGGCUACACGCUGAAGAGCUGCGCCUCGGAGCUGGGCUUUCUCCUCUUCUCCCUCACCAUGGCCAUCAUCAUCUUUGCCACCGUCAUGUUUUAUGCAGAGAAGGGAUCGUCAUCGACCAAGUUCACCAGCAUUCCAGCCUCCUUCUGGUACACCAUAGUCACAAUGACCACCUUGGGUUAUGGAGAUAUGGUGCCCAAGACCAUCGCAGGGAAGAUCUUCGGUUCCAUCUGUUCUCUAAGCGGGGUGCUGGUAAUUGCCCUGCCUGUGCCCGUCAUCGUGUCCAACUUUAGCCGAAUCUAUCACCAGAACCAGAGAGCUGACAAACGGCGUGCGCAGAAGAAAGCCAGACUGGCCCGGAUAAGAAUAACGCAGACAGGCAGUUCCUGCAGUGGCUUCCUUCAGAGCAAACGCAACGACCUCCUCAGCGAACUGCUGGAGCUCACGGGCUCAGAAGAGGAACAACAGCUUAGUGAGAACCUGUCAUUACUAGAAAGCCAACACCACCAUCUAUUGCACUGUCUGGAGAAGACAACUGCCCAUGAGUUUGUGGAUGAGCAGCUGUAUGAGCAGAACUGCCUGGAGACCACGGCCCAGAGCUACGCCUCCCGCAGCCCCUCCCUCUCCAGCCAGGGCGGGCCCGUAGGCACAUGCUGUACACGUCGGGUUAAGAGGAACUCCCCACUGCCCAACUCCAGUCGGGCCCUCCAGCCCAGUCACCGGCCAAGCCCGUUACAGGAGCUCAGCGCCCUGCACAUCCAGUGUGGGGAAAAGCCACCACAUACUACCAGUCGCUCAAGUCUCAACAUGAAGACAGACGAGGCAGGCCUGGUCAACUGCAAAGGCGGUCAAAUCACCACGGCGAUCAUCAGCAUCCCCACGGCCUCAUCGGCCACCCCUGACGGAGACGGUCUCCACGGACCCCCCCAACGCAGACCGCCCCAACCCGCCAGCGGCCCACAGACACCGAGUAUUAACACCACCAGCUCCAGUGUCAUCAAGGUGUCCGCUCUGUGACUGUGUGACUGACCUGUUCAACAGACCCAUUGGGCUGGUGAAAGGAGGCUUUCACUAGAGCUCUGCCUUGAAGGACCCCUGUCACCUGUUGAGACAACCCCCAACUGUGUUCUUAGGAGUGCGCUUGGCCUUUUGGGUAGCCAGGGGAACGUAUACACUGACAGAAAUGCUUCAAGGCAGCUGAGUAGCCAAUUGUGUUUGCAUUGAAGAAAAAAUUAAAUAAAACGGGCCAGUAUGUGUGAAUAGCGCGAUUCGCCAGGACAAAGGAAGUCUCUGUGUCUUUGUGCACUUGGCACCUACACAUUACUGUCUCGAUCUGGCUACAGCUCAACUCUAAAUGUGUAAAACAUGUUCUUACACUUGAUGAGAUUCCAAGGAGGAGGAAGACAACAGUCAAUGUUUUAUGUUGAGUUUGGUUGGCCCUCUUUGUGUUUUGUGUUGUUUGUCGUUUCUAGUUUCACCUUGAUUGAAACUGCUUUGGAGUUCUUCACUCCUCCAGUAGAUGAGGUGUGUCUGCUAGAAUGAUUCUGGUGUUUUUUUGUGUUUCUGUGUAUGUGUGUGUGUGUGUGUUUGGCUGAGAGAGAUUAGUCUUUUAUGAACCGUAAAUAUUUUAGUGGUCUAAACACCUCUCCACAAUGUCCUUAAAAUAAAAAAUAACAUAAAUGCCAGACAAAAUGUUAAACGGGCUACACUCUAGAAAUUAAAGGUUCCUGUGGGAUCCUUAAGGGUUCUUCAAAUAAAUUUUUUAGGGGAAACCCCUAUGAAUUGUUAGAGAAACCCUUCUUUAAGGAACUCUUUCAGUAGUUUCUCAGAUACCUUUUUGAUGAACCCCUCUAACUUCUUCAUCCAGAGUUUAUAGAGGUGACCCCGUGGGUUUAAUUUGAAGAACCCUUAAAGGAGCCUUCACUUUUUAGAGUGCAACUACUUUUGAGAAACAAAUAUAUCAGAUACACUAACAUACCAUUUCAGUUGCUGUAUCCAUCUCUAGCUAUGACUUGGUCUCUUUCUUACACUUCCUCCCUCUGUCCAUCUCUAUGUCUAUGAAUCUCUCAGACUGUCCUCGUUUUUAAGACUUUAGAAAAGCAGUCGAGUUAUCGUUUCUGCUCAGUGGAAGACACAAUCACUGUGGUCCCUUGAAGCCACGGACGUCCAUGUCAUUGCCCUACUGUGAUGUGAACAGGCCUCUUCUACAGGUUACAUUAACUUCUGUCCCUUGGAGUUCCAUGCUGUAGGUGCCUGGUGUUUGCAAUAGCUUGUGACUACUUGCCAAUAUGUGCUAUAACAAAAGUAUAACAGAUGAACACGUCUUUUGUUUUGUUCUUUACGCGCACAUUAUUAUUUCAAUAUGUAGGUUUUUGAAUAAUGAAAACAAAACCGCCAUGUCACACAUUUGAGGUAUCGGUAUGUUUUUGUAUUGACUUUGUGAACUCAGCCGUGGCAAAUAGUUAUGCUAUCCACAACUAGUACAUUGUUGUGAGCCGAUGUGUAAUUAUGGAUGUUUAGAGAAAAAAAAAGACGAUUUUUACUUGAUGUUGACCAUGUCACGUGAAAGAUGACUUGAAUUCUUACCAAUAGUACACCACCCCAAACACUUGGGUUUAGUUUGUCUACAUGCAGGUAAAGGCCUGUUUACGCCACACCCUUUAAAGAAUGCAGCCGGACCAUGAUGAGGUGACCAGGGUUCAAACUCCAGGCUUCCAGUUCAGGUAAUAGUCAUUGGCCUGGACGAGGGAACAGAGUUUGUCUCUGGACCAACAUAAUGUGAAAUCAAAAGUAGGUCUAUUACAAACGCUCUGUACUGUUUCAUGCAUAGCUAGGUUUGUUUAUUAGGGUCUCCAUUAGCUAUUGCCCAUGCAGCAGCUGCUCAUCCUGGAGUAGACACAGCAUAAAACGUAAUACAAAACAGUGAUAGACAAGGAAAGUUCAAGGAGAGGGUUACAUACGUUAAAAAUAAUAGUUAAAAAAGAGGUAAAAUUAUUGUGCUGACAAAACAGUGAUUAGUGCCGGUUAGUAUUCUGUUGAGGUCAUUGGAGAAUACAAAGCUAGCCUGUACAGUCCACAGUGCUCCUCUAUUUACUGUGUUAUGAUAGAAAGCAAAUGGACACGCCUCCAUUUGAGAAGGAAUGUGAGGUUGCCUGUUAAAAAUCAUUGUUAUGCCGUCGUUUGUUUCGCCUUCUUAGGUUUGUUUUAUUGUGAACUGGGCUUUUCUCUGCUCUGUAUUAUCUGUCUAAUGUUGUUUAUCAUUUGACUUUGUCUUUUAUCAGAAUGACUAUAAACUAAUGUAGUGUCAGAUAAACAUUGACAUCUGC